AUGACCAUCACGAUUAUCACCAUCACGAGCACCAUCACCAUCAAGAUCAUCGCCAUCACGAUCACCAUCGUUACCACCAUCACUAUCACGAUCCAAGUGUUCUUCGGGAUCCUGCUGGAGAUGGUGCACAGGUGGUGGCGGGUCAUGGUCGUGUACAUGUCGGGCGUGGCAGCCGGAGCCCUCGCCCACUCCAUAUUCACGCCCACCGCCUUCCUGGCUGGGGCGUCGGGCGGGGUGUAUGCCGUGGAAUACGCCCAUCUCGGUAAUUUGUUGAUGAAUUGGCCUGAGAUGGAGAUGCCUUGGCUACAGCUGUUCGUGUUGCUCCUCCUGAUUGGCCUCGACUUCGGCUACGCUAUUUGGGAUACAUAUUUCGCGCUGGAGCCUUCGAAUACCGGUCACAUGGCCCACUUCGGAGGCGCUGUCGCAGGGGUCCUCGUCGGCGUGGUGGUGCUGAGGAACCUGCAGAAGGAGACGUGGGAGAGGUACUGCUGGUGGUUUUCCCUCGUCCUCUUCCUGCUCGUCAUCUCCGCGGGGGUGAUGCUGAACGUCUUCUUGCCCGUCCCUGGAUUCUUCCCCGAGGAUGUGCACUAUGAUCCUUGUGACAGGCAAUAUUGCACAGGAAAUGGUCUCAAUGAAAUUGUUACGAUCUCAGGGACUACAUUAAAUUCAGAGAAUAACGGUGUUCCAGUUGCAGAAGUUUGA